AUGGGUCGUAAAAUUCCGGCUAAGAAACAUAGAGGUGUUAAAGAUCCGCUUGUUCAACAAGCAAGACGUUUACAAGGAUUAAAGGGUAAAAUAAAUGCACCGCCUAAGGAUCCUGAUGAGCAACCAGUACCGCGGUCUUUGACUCGCCUAUUUGCUUUCCAAGAUAGAUACACGGCUAAAACAAAUGAGUCAAAGAAAAAGAUUAAUCAACAGAAGGCGAAAGAUAGGGACAAUAUCAGCUUGAAAAAUGAGAAUCCCAUAGCAAAGUUGCAGAAACUGCCAGGUGAAUCGGGAAGGGGUUUUUCACUUAGGAUCAAUAGUGCGAUUAAGACCUUACACAACCCAACAUUACAGGAAGAUUAUCCUGAAGACAUGGAAACAGAAGACAUAAAAGGCGAGCAAAUGGCGUGGCAACGUGCGCGCAGAAAAAGAAAGCAGAAGAAAAAAGUUACGACAGAGAAUGAUGAAGAGACUGCACCUAAACUUAGCAGAGUACAGAAACUUGCUUUAAAGAAGAAGGCGAAAAGGGAGAAGGCUUUAGAGGGAUGGGCUGACGGGGUGGACGGUGUGCGCUAUGAGCGAGUGUCGUUUGGGGAGGUGGCCCACGCGCCACCCUCACUUCCAGUGUUGCCGCGCCACGCGAAGCAAAACCAAGGCGCGCCGAGGCCUGGCAGAAAGCAACUGCUGCUGAGCUCACUGCUGAGUGGCAAUCCUCGGCCAGCGAAGCAGGUGUUGCCACCAGCCGAAUUGCAGCGAAGGGAGCGUGCCCGUUUAGAAGCGGUGGCCGCUUACCGCGCACUGCGAAAAUCCGCCAAGAAACCCACUACAUCUUUAAAGCAAAAAUCC